AUGCCCCGCGCAAUCGCCAUCUCCGGCCCCGCCGGCAAGCCAGGACAAGUCUACUACGCCCUAACCCACGUCGCCCUCCCCCCCACCAGCACACCCCUACAGCCCAACUCACUCCGCAUCCGCAUCUCCGCCGCCGCCCUCAACCACCGCGACCUCUUCAUCCGUCAACACCUCUACCCCGGGACAGCCUUCGCCGUCCCCCUCCUCGCCGACGGCUGCGGCGUCGUGACCGCGACCGGCUCCGCCCCCAGCGCGCAACACUGGCUCGGACAGCGCGUCGUGCUGUGCCCCUGCGUGGGCUGGGCUUCUGACGCGCACGCCCCCGAGGACGGCGGCAAGGCGUUCGCGAUUCUGGGUGGGACAAGUGGUGUCCCGCUCGGGACGCUGAGCGAGGAGGUGGUCGUCGACGCGGGCAUGGUGGAGCCCGCCCCGCCGCAUCUCAGCGACGCGCAGGCCGCGGCGCUGCCGCUCGCGGGGCUGACUGCUUACAGAGCUGUGGUAAGGAAGGCGGGGCUGCACGUCCCGUCCAAGGGGGGCCGGGGCAAGCGCGUCCUGGUGACGGGGAUUGGUGGCGGCGUCGCGCAGAUGGCGGCGCUGUUUGCGGGGGGGAAGGGCGCCGGGGCCGAGGUCUGGGUGACGAGUGGGACGCAGGAGAAAUUGGAGCGCGCGAGGAGGGAUCUGGGGGUUUGUGGGGGGGUCGUGUAUAAAGAGGAGACGUGGGAGAGGAAACUGCUUGCGCUGCUGCCGGAGGGCGAGAGGUUUGACGUCGUUAUCGAUGGCGCGGGCGGGGAUGUCGUUGAUAAGGGCGUUAAGCUACUCAAGCCCGGCGGCGCAAUCGUCAUCUACGGCAUGACGCUCGGCCCCGCCAUCACCUACAGCAUGGGCGCCGUGCUGCGCAACAUUUCCGUCCUCGGCACGACCAUGGGCUCGCGCGCCGAGUUUGCCGCCAUGGUUGCUGCGGUGGCGGCGGCCGGAGGAGACUCCACAGGAGACUCCACCGCAGAAGGAGGUUCUGUAGGAGGAGGUUCUCUCGCCCCCAUCGUCUCGCGCGCCGUAAGCGCCGGCCCCGGCCUGCGCGACUUGGCGGCCGUGGACGCCCUGUUCGAGGACAUGAAGGCUGGCACGCAGUUUGGGAAGCUGGUUGUGCUUGUUGAGCCGAGCGACGACGACGACGACGACGGAGGAGGAGGAGGAGGAGGAGUGAAGGGGCAAGAGGGGGGAGGAGGUGGGGAGGGGAAGGGGAAGGAAGGGGCCCGGCUGUAG